AUGGCGCAAAUACUUCAGGAUCUUAUUUACUCAUUGGGCAAUUGCCUGAGCUGCUUCCCGGGCUCCCCCACACUCAAAGUCAACAGUCGCAGUUUCAAGAUUUUGCAAUUACUCGGCGAGGGAGGCUUUUCCUACGUCUAUCUCGUCCAAGACUUGUCCACCAAGGAACACUUUGCCCUCAAAAAGAUUCGCUGCCCGUUUGGCGCCGAGUCGGUCCAGCAAGCCAUGCGCGAGGUCGAAGCGUACCGCCUCUUCCAACACGUCCCCAACAUAAUCUCCGCCAUUGACCACACCGUCGCGACUGAACGCGGUGGUGGUGGCGCCGCCGCCGACGAGGCAGCCAACAAGACCGUCUACGUCCUGCUGCCGUAUUACCGCCGCGGCAACCUCCAGGACAUGAUUAACGCCAACCUCGUCAACCACGCACGCUUUCCCGAGCGCCAUCUCAUGGCCCUGUUCCUCGGCGUGUGCAGGGCCCUCCGCGCCAUGCACGACCAUCACGCCCCGCCGGCGGAGCGCAUGGAAAUGGGCCACGAGGCUGACAAUGAUCCGGGUCCGAGUGGUAGUAGUAGCGGCAGCAGAAGCAGAGGAGGCGGCGCCCGUUCGUCGACGAAACGCACAGAGGAAGACGAGGAGACGGAGCAGGAGCGGCCUCUGAUGGAGGCGGAAAAUCAGAUUGGGCAGGGCGGCAAGAUCAAGUCGUAUGCGCAUCGCGACAUCAAGCCAGGCAACAUCAUGAUUGACGACUCCGGUUCGAACCCCAUACUCAUGGACCUCGGCUCCGUCGCGCCCUCGCCCAUGCCCGUCACGUCACAGUCGGUCGCGCUGCAGAUUCAAGAAACCGCCGCCGAGCACUCCACCAUGCCCUACCGCGCCCCGGAACUCUUUGACGUCCAGACCGGCACCGUCAUUGACACAAAGGUCGACAUUUGGUCCCUCGGCUGCACCCUUUUCGCCUGCCUCGUCGGCAAGUCGCCCUUUGAGAUGCGCUCCGACGAGACGGGCGGCACCCUGUCGCUCUGCGUCAUGGGCGGCGACUGGCGCUUUCCUGAUCAGUCGCCCAACGGCGCCAGGCGCGUCAAUAGCAUCCAGGUCGCCAAGGCAAAGGCCGCCGCCGGUGCACCUGGCGCAGCAGGUGCAACAGGGGCGGGAGAGGGCUCCUCAUCCGGAGAAGCCGUCAUUAGCGAGCCCAUUCGCGAAAUUGUCCGCGCUUGUCUCAAAGUUGAGCCGGCGGAGCGGCCCGAUAUACAUCAACUCAUCACCAUGGUGGAAAAUGUUAUUCAAAACCUGCCUGGUGGAGAUGCAAACUCGUGA